CAGUUUUAAACGCAACUUCAUCGUGAGUGUACGUCGACCAUUUAAUGCGCUACGGAGUGUCAAUGUUAUGUUGUGUGUGUUUUCUUUUUGGGGAAAUUUUUUGGAUAAAUUUUGCAAAUAAUGAAAUAAAUGUGAAAAGAUAAAUGUUCGUUUCAUCAAAGCUAUAUCAAUAGUAUGUAGCAUCGGGAUAAUAACGUAUGUUAUUGGUUGCGGAAAUGAGUUAAAAAAUAUAUAAAUUGUGUACAGAAAAAUUGGAUAACAUUUUCAUCACAAACCCACCCUAGAUAACUUUCAGUAACCAGAUCAACAUGGCUCCACCAAUUUUUGCUGAAGGUCGUCUGGGAUCCACGCCCGAUAAAGGAGUACCUGAUAUGACGGCUAUAUCGGAUAUCGACGAGAAUGGAAUAAAUCGAAAUUUAAAAGUUCGAUACGAGAGGGAUCAGAUUUACACGUACACUGGAUCAAUAUUAAUUGCUGUGAACCCGUACAAGGAAAUCGAUUGUUACACAACGGAAUAUGUUUUCAAAUAUCACGGACAGAAGCUUGGAACCCUUGAACCACACGUUUUUGCACUUGCUGAGGCUGCACAUAGGAGCUUAAAAGACGGCGAUAUCAACCAGUCAUGUGUGAUAAGUGGUGAAUCUGGUGCAGGAAAAACGGAAACAACCAAAUUUGUUCUUCAAUAUCUAUGUUCGGUCACUUGUGAUGUGUCUACGUGGGUGCAGCAACAGAUUCUGGAGGCGAACACAAUUUUGGAAGCAUUCGGUAAUGCCAGAACAAUUCGAAAUGACAACAGUUCUCGAUUCGGUAAAUUCAUGCAAGUGUGCUUCGACAGCAAAUGGUGCAUUAAGGGUUGCAUCAUUCAGGAUUACCUGCUCGAGCAGUCUCGUAUUACGUUCCAAAGUCCGGGUGAACGAAAUUAUCACGUUCUGUAUCAGUUAGUAGCUGAAGGUAAAAACAACACUGAAUUGGCCCAGAGUCUACAAUUGCGCGAUUCGUCGUUUUAUCGGUAUUUGAAUGGCUCCGGAAAUGUUGAAGUAAUAGAUGUAUCAGCGGAGGCGAGACGAUUUGAAGCACUACGGCUUGCCUUUACGGUACUGCAAAUAUCUCAGCCGCUAAUUGAUGGUAUAUUCCGAGUGCUUAGUGCCAUAUUAUGGUUAGGGAAUUUAGAUUUUGAGGACAUUGACGGUGAACGAUGUGAAUUAACACUGGAUGACAAACAGAUCGUGGCAAUUGUGGCUGAGCUGUUAGGGCUUGAAGAGAGUGAUAUACGCCAGGUGGCAUUGGCGCGUCAAAUCAACGUUCGUGGCAACAUAACAGAAAUUCCAUUAAAAGUCCAAGAAGCACGAGAGAACAGGCAUGCAAUGGCAAAAGCACUGUACUCUAGAACAUUCGCAUGGUUAAUUAGUCACAUUAAUACAUGCAUCAAUCCUGGACAAGAUUCUUCGAGGUUUUUGGGCGUUCUAGACAUAUUUGGAUUCGAAAAUUUUGCAGUUAAUUCGUUCGAACAACUCUGCAUAAAUUACACUAACGAAAAGCUUCACAAAUUCUUCAAUCACUACGUAUUUGCAUUGGAACAGGAAAUUUACAAAAACGAGGAGAUCACAUUCUCUCACAUUCAAUUCACUGACAACACUCAAUGCCUUGAACUGAUCGAGAAACCACCGAGAUGCAUCCUCAAACUCUUAACCGAACAAUGUCACAUGCCAAAGGGAUCGGACACUGCGUAUUUAACGAACUUACAUGGUGACUUCGAUGGUCAUUCUUGUUAUGUUAAGGGUGCUGAUCGUCGACAUUGGGAAUCUGAAUUCGGCAUUCGACAUUAUGCUGGUUGUGUGAGCUACACUGUCAAAGGAUUUGUAGACAAAAAUCGAGAUGUACAACAAGACGUACUGUUUGAUUUUAUGAGUAGAAGUGGAAAUACAUUCGUACAGGAGCUGGCUUCUUAUCAGGAUCUCUUAUCUAUUCAACAACAAACUCAAGUUGGAACCAGUAUUAAUACCGUACAAAGAGGAACAUCCAAAGGAAAGUUAACCGUAAGCGACACAUUUAGACAACAAUUGCAGGCAUUGGUUGAUGUACUGCAAAGUACCAAUCCCUGGUACGUACGAUGCAUCAAGCCCAAUGCUGAAAAACUUCCGGACGAUUACAACGAUCCGCUGGUUCUAGACCAGUUACGCUACUUAGGAAUGCUAGAUAUAAUACGAAUCCGACGCGAAGGAUUUCCCAUUCAUAUGACAUUUGCCGAAUUUGUCAACAAAUACCAAUGCCUAACCAAACGACAUGCCAUUAAAUCAAAUUGUGACCAAGUUUUAUCUGUGAUAAAAGAACUGAAUAUACCGCAAACGGAAUGGCAAAUCGGUAAAACGAAAGUGUUUCUGCGCAGUGUUGUGCACGAGCCGCUCGAGGAUGCCAGGAAACAAGUGAUUAACGCACAAGCUAUCAAAAUACAGGCAUACUGGCGUAGGUAUAUUGAACGGAGACGAUUCCAUAAAAUUAAGAGUUCCGUGCUGCGAAUACAGCACGCUUACUUGGGAUGGAAGCUGAGGAUAGAAUUUUUGCGCAAACGUCGUGCAGCUAUUGUUAUACAGAGUCAUUUGCGCGGUGUGUUUGCUAGGGAGGUUGCAGCGGCUCUCAGGGAAAUGCGACGUGUGGAAGAAGAAAUGCGUAAACGUGAACGUUUGGAGGCGGAAAGAAAGGAAAGAGAGGCGAAAAUUUCCGAACAACAAGCUGAAGCUGAACGGAAAGCCAUCGAAGAAUGUGAACGCAUGCAAAAAAUUGGAAAAGCUAAAGUUGUGGACAAGAAGAGGAUAUGCAAAGAGGAAAUCCAAGCAUUAUCGGAAAUGGCUCAGCAGAUCAAUUCGAAACUCAGUUCGAAUCAACCGUCAAUGGAAACAUCCAUAACAAAUGGUCAUGCUCCAUUGGUCGGAACGUCGCAUCAGCAAAGCAACGAAUCAGUUGAUUUGGAUAAUUUGUUCGCUUUCCUUAGUGAAGUGACACCGAACACGUCGAACACCAUCAUCGAUGACAUUGGCGAGAAAAUGGACAGUUUGGUUCAAGAUUUGGAUGUUGAACUGGAGAAUGUCAUACAGCAGGAAAUGGAAGGUUUAGCAUUGGAUAAACCAACGAAACCAGUUGCUACUAAAUCUGGAGUACCAUCAAUGCCGCCACCUACGAUGCCACCUCCACCUCCUCCUGUAUUGAAUGGUACCACAAUAACUCCUCCGAUUCCUAUAUCGAAGCCAUUACCAGCAUCUCGAAAGCAACAUGUCGACGAACCCAUUUACGAAGCCGUUAUUCCACGACAUGACGAUCAUCUAGUCUUACCAGAGUUACCCGAAGUACCAAUUCAUCAUUUGACUGAUGCUAAUCAUAAAUUGAGGCCAAAGAGUUCAGCUGUUCAAACCAUACGCUCAGCUAGUCCAGUGCAACGGACAAAUUCAAGUGGUGGUCCAAUGAGUCCAUCAUCACCGAAGCACAGUCGGCCGAGUUCACGGGCAUCGUCUACCGGACAAGGUCACCCAUUUGCCGAACGAGAGCAAAGGCGAAAGCAUCGAGUCGAAAAGAAAUUGCAAGAAAUGCAACAAAUCGAUGUCUCCGAACGCGAACGGGAUGCCGUUCGUGACGAUGUCUACUUCGAUAUACUGGAAUUUGCUGAAAAUCAUUUCAAUACACACGAGCGAUCACCUGAAGGUACAAUUAUGGCAACGCUGACGCGUAAGGGAAGAAAAUCGGUAGACAUGGUACCCAAAUAUGAGAUGAUCACAUACUAUCGAGGAAACACGAUCCCAUCGUCACAUAUCCAUAUGUACGAUCCGGAAAAUGUUACGGUCGCAUGUAACAUCUUCCGAGAUCUUUGCAAAUACACUCGAGGCGAAUUGAAUAGUGAACGUGAGCUGCAGGUCAUACAAUAUAUCAUUGGUCAAGGUAUUGAACGUGAAGAACUUCGUGACGAGAUUUUCGUUCAAUGUAUGCGACAAGCCACAAAUAAUCCACACUCCGAAUGGACCGAUAGAGUUUGGUUGCUAAUGUGUCUGAUAAUAGUGGCAUUCCAGCCAAGUAAACUGUUGAUAAGAUACUACGCUUGUUUUCUGAAGAAAAAUCUGGAAGCACUCGAUGGGAAAUUACAGCAAUACGUGCAGUGGUGUUUAGACAAUUGCAAAUACACGAAAGUGUCUCCACGACAAUAUCCACCAUCAAGUGUUGAAGUUGCCGCGAUGCGUCGUUUAGGAACAAUUGUUUGCCGGUUUUUCUUUUUGGAUGGACGCACCAAAGCUAUAGAUGUGCAUCCGACCGACAGUGCAAGCGAUGCUGUCCUGAAACUAGCAGAAAAGUUGGCGUUGUGCAAUACAGAUGGCUGGGCUAUUUAUCAAUCGAGACCCGAUGGUGAGGAGCAUGUAAAAAGUCACGAUUACUUGUAUGAUAUCAUCGCCGCAUGGGAAAUGAAACAAACAAAAAUGCAAUCGGCGAACUCAACACUUCGACGGAAUGCAAACACAUUGGGUUCCGGUGAAAAUCGAUUUGUGUUCAAGAAGCGACUGUUCAAACAGACCCGAGAAUUGUCACAGGAUCCGGUUGAGAUCUCUAUGCUCUAUGCACAAGCUGUGUACAGUGUGGUGAAAUGCGACGAUUUUCCAGUCAGCGAAAAAGUGUCACUUCAACUUGCUGGCCUCCAGGCUCAAGUUGCUCUUGGCGAUCCAGCAACACAGCCGAAACCAGAAUAUUAUACUGACGUGGCAUGCUAUUUGCCCGAACGAAUUUCAAAGACCCGGGACGAUAACUUCUGGGUGCCGAUCUUAGCUCAAGCCCAUCGACAAUACGGUGCCGGACGGACUGAGCUAACAGCUAAAGUGCUGUAUUUAUCAUGUGUUAUGCAGUACCCGUUAUAUGGCACGACCAUGUAUCCUGUAACGUAUCGUGGCUAUUGGAGCUACGGAAAUACGUUGAUUUUAGGAGUAAAUUUUGCCGGUUUAAUGCUGAUCAAACCGGAAGACAAGUUCGUCAUUUCUGAGUUCCGUUAUGUUGAUAUCGAAUCGAUUAUGCUGGAUCCGAGUGACAGUUUCAUUACCAUCACACUCAAUCGCAAUAGUAUGGCAACGAAUGAUCAGCAGCGAUGUUUCGUGUUCGAGACACCGCAAAAGAACGAAAUCGGUUCGCUCAUCAUCUCAUAUUUCCCCGCUCUGUCCAAUUGGAUCACGGAAAAUGAAGUACCGACGAGACGUGGCAAAGGCAUCACCAAUGAAGAUCGCGUUCGUUUACAUCACAAUGUGGUUGUUUGUCGUCGUCAUUUGGUCGAUGGCGAAAUAUUGCGUAAGCCGCAAGAUUUGAGUGGAGGAUUUUUGAGGAAUACGUUAAGGCGACUGUCGAAGCAUCGACUGGAAAAAUUAAGAGCAGAACACGGAAGUGCAGUGCAAGAUCACGGUGAGACGUACAAAGGAUUCCCACACGCGUACUGGGCAUUCAGUCGUCAACCAUUACCUCAGAGCUUAAGCAAACUUCCCGAUCAAGAGGAACAGGCUAUGCUUCAGGUCUUCCAAGCUAUUCUCACUUAUGCUGGCCUGGGACAGAAUGGCGAAACUGUGCAACGAGCCGAAGAUGAACAUAUUACACUCAUCCAAUCGAUUAUGGACAGAUGCAUGCGAAAGGAAAGUUUGUUGAACGAACUCUACCUACAGCUGAUCAAACAAACAACCGAUCAUCCCGAUCCGAAUUCUCGUGUUAAUUUGCGUCACUGGGCCUUACUGUCGUUGGGAUGUAGCGUAAUUUUACCACCUCUGAAGAUUGUACGCAAAUACCUAAUCGGACAUUUGAAGCGUUGUGCCAGCGACUUUAUCACAGAAGAAGGAAAAUACGCUCGUUUUGCCGAGAAAUGUCUGUUCAAAACGCAAGGAACUCGCCGUAGACAGUGGCCGCCGAGCCGUGAAGAAAUCGUGUGUACAAUCAAUCGUCGACCGAUUUACGCACGUUUUCAUUUCAUGGACGGGCAGUACCAUUCCGUCGAAUUUCAGCCCAGCUCAACGUCUCGUGAAGUAAUGGAAAUUAUUCGAAGUAAAAUCGGUUUGCAUGAAAACGCCCAAGGCUAUGCCAUUUACGAAGUGCUGGGCGCGUCUGAACGAAGUCUAAUGCCGGAUGAAAAAAUCGCCGACGUCAUGUCCAAAUGGGAGAAAUAUCGAAAUGCAGCUGCUCAAGCGGUUCAGCAAAGUCAAACUAAUUCCAAUUUAAAUCCUGUCUGUCGUCGACAGCAUCAUCUAUUUCUGUUCAAAAAGCAUUUGUUCCAUGACCGAUACAUGAAGGUGGAAGACGGGGUUGAAAAGGAACUGCUGUACCAUCAGGUGUUACACAAUCUUCGUACGGACCGAUUUCCAAUUAAAGAAAUUGAUGCGGUUAUGUUUACCGCCAUUCAAAGUCAAUUGGAAUUGGGCGACUGCUCCGAAGUAUUGCAAGAUUAUCGUGCCAUUGCGAAUCAUUGUCUACCACCGCGAUUCGUGCCGAAUAUUCCUCAUCAAGCUGUCGCAAUGCAUCAUCAGAGUUUGCGUGGCAUGACCACUGUUGAGGCAAAAAAAUCGUUUAUGAAUUUAAUUCAGAGUUGGCCGCUACACAAAGCCACAAUAUUCGAUGUGAUGCAAUCGUUUACGUCGAAUUGGCCUAGAGUUUUGUGGUUGGCCGUCGAUCAAAGAGGUGUUCACCUGUUGGAACAUCGAACCAAAAACGCACUGUGUACAUACGAUUACCCAUCGAUUCUAUCCUAUUCGCCUAACAUGAACUGUUUGAUGAUCAUUACCGGUACCGAUAAGAAGCAAUCCAAAGUGAUUAUUACAACGGCUCAGGCCUUCCAAAUAGCCAAUUUGAUACGCGAGUACACUGAAGUUAUGAACUUGGUGGCUGCAGAAAAUCUGGCUAUAGAAACAUUAGCCAACGGAAACGGUGGACCACUUCCAUUACCACCACUACUACAUCCAUCGCAACAACAAAAUUUCCAAACACAAGCACUACAGCUACAACAGCAGCAGCAGCAACAACAACAACAGCAACAACAACAAACAGCCAAUAAUCAAAAGCAUUUGUUGGCCAAAACUAAUCGACCCGCGUCAAUGCAGUUUCGACCGUCUACAACUCUUGUCGCACCACAGCCUAGCUAGUAAGUUUAUUGCAGUGGAUUGUGCAACAAAAGAUUAACCGAAAUGACUCAAUUUUCCACAAUGGGCUCAGUAACAGAAUUUCUAUUUUUCGGUUUUAUUUUUAUGAAUGAUUUUUCCGACGAGAAAAUGUGACCAAUAUUUAGACUUCUAAGGAUUUUUUUCUUUUGUUUUUGUGAAUUUUUUAAUUUUUAAAUUUUACUUGAAUUCAGAAACAGUUUUGUGAACUACUAACCAAUACCGUACGCUCAAAUUGCCGGGACCAUUUUUCCUUUUUUUUUAUUUUGAACUCAUCUCGAUCUGUUGAUAAAGCAACUUAAUAUUUUCGACUUUCUAUAUACUACGGCUGUCCAUGAUUACAUAAGCGGGUACAUCAAUAAUUGUGUGUCUCAGUACCCAUACACGAGUCAUUCAUUCAUCACUGCAUUACCAUCUCGUCGACGAU